ACAUUUCCCUUUUCGUCAAAAUUCGUCUGCUCAAUUAUUGCAUACACGAUGCAUUUGAAAAUUUUUUUGUGUUCCGAAUUUCGUUUAUUUAUUUGAAAUCAAUUAAUGGCCGAUAAGUAUUUGUUGAUAUUUGAUUAAUGAAUGUGUCAACUUGUCGGUGAAUUGUUAAACUUGUCAGGAAAAACUAACGGUUAGGUUAUAAAGAAAGUAGUAUAAAGACAAUGUUGCAAUUUAGUGGGAUUUUUAUUAAUUUAUCAGUUAGACAUAAUACCAGAUUGCCUUUGUGGUGUGCAACUCAAACAGUGACAGCUUACUCAACAAUUUCUAACCCCCAAGUGGAACAACUUGACGAGAAAUCAAAAAUAUCGUCCGAUGAAAAUAAGAAGAAAAUUCCUUCCGAAACGAAUAAGAGGAAAACAUUUGAAAAGAAAAAUGUGAAAAUAUCCGAUUUAAAUGUAUCGAAAUAUUUUACGAAAAUUGAAGAAAAUGAAGUUGAAAAAUUAUUAUCAACAGUUAAUAUGUCAUCAUUAAAUUCGGAAUUUUCGUUAAAAAUAAUAUCACAACUUUCAAUACUUGUGAAAUCGGGUAAAGCAAAAGUUGCCGAUUUUGAAUCAGAUACAAGGUAUAAAAGUUUAUGUCAAUAUUUAUUUGUUAAUUCAUCGCAAGAAGUGAAAAAUUCUGACAUACAAGUGAAAACGCAAAACUUUCGUAAUAAAAAUUUAGGAUUUUUAUUCGACAUUAAUGAAAUACAUAACAUGAUUGAAAAACCAGAUCUUUCAAUUCAAGAAUCCGUACAGAUUCUGACAAAAUUGGGUCUCUUCAAAUCGAGAAUUAUGCCAGUUUUGCAAGCACUAACAGAACGGAUAGUUAAUAGUAAUGAAUCAAUGCAUAUUAAAUGUGCAUCGGAUAUUUUGUAUAAUAUGUCUAUUUUAAAUUUUUAUGAUGAGGCUUUGAUGAAAAAAAUUCUUCCAACUUUAAUUGAUAAAAUACCGAAAAUAAGGGGACAAAAUUCAGCAGUUAUUGGUUCGAUUUUAAAGUCAAUUGGAUUAUUGAGGUAUAGAAACGAAGAACUUUUAAUGACACUAACAAGGUGGAUAUUGAAGAAUCAUACAGGAAUAAAGCCACAAUAUAUUUGUUCCUUUCUUGUAACUUUAGCAGUCGUUGGCUUUACACCAACCAGAAAUCUACAAGAAUUUCAGGCGUUUACGAGUCAACUUACGGAAAUUGAAAUGGCAGGAGCGUCUGAAUGGUUGGAUGUUGUUUGGGCAUUGGUUGUUUUAAAUCAAGCUCAAGAGGCUCAAGUAAUGUCAGUAUUGAAUCCUGAAUUUCUUGGAAAAUUAGCAGUUGUGACGACAAUUACGGAAUCAAAGAAGAGGAAAAUUUUAAAUAUUAAUGCUUGCGCGAAAUUGUUAUUUAAAAAAAACGAAGAUCAACUUUUAAAUUCGAAUUCAUUAAUAUAUGAAGUAACUUUAGAAAAGAAUCGUGAUCAACAGGAAUUUGUUAAACGCAUCGUAACAGCAUUGUUUGCAUUUUUACCUUCCGCUGGUUGUUUAAAAAUGGACGUUAAUACAAAUCUGGGAUUUUCCAUAGAUGCUGAAUUAUAUGUCGAUAAAAAUAGUAAACCGAUACUUAUUUCUCAAAUUGGAUCGACGGAGAAAAAAUCACUAAAAUUGGCUGUACAAUCAUUGACUUACUAUGAUUAUUGUCGAGGCGAUGAAAAAGUUAUAGGACAAAUACAAUUUCAAAAUUCACUUUUGAAUUUAUUGGGCUAUCACGUUAUUCCAAUUUCUUAUAGAAAUUUUGCAUUCGAUCAAAAAGUAUUGAAUCAUGUAAAAUAUUUGAGAACACUAAUUAAUGAUGCUGUAAAAACGAAUUUCCCUAAUUGAAAAUUAUUUAAAAAGAUUAAUUAUACAAUAAAAAGAUCACCUGUAAAUUGUUUAUAAUAA